ACCAUAACCCCCAGGGAAGUGUGAUGCACCAGACGAAAAGCAUCCCAUAUUCCUAGUUUCACAGUUUCAUUUCAUCGAUCGAUCAUCGUCCUCCCAGGGUCUUCUUGGACAUUUCUAACCACUUGGAAACCGAGUAUCCAUUAAGAUGCAGGGCCGAGCAUGGCUCAGUCUUAUUCACAUACUGCUCAUCACCACAGUCGUUGCAAUCGCCACUCCAGUCAGCGUUGUCCGCCACCCCAAUUACAAUGCCAAUGUCACUCGAAUCAGCGUCCACCACAACCCCAAUUACCAUGCCAAUGGCACCAAAUCCCUCGUCCACGUCUACUACAAGUAUGGUACCACUCCCAUACUGCCCGGUCCGUACCAUCGAGGUGACGACGGGAUCCUGAGAAAGCGUCAGGAGGAUGGCACCACGGGCGUCGUUACGGCGGAUGAUCAGGAAGAUGACAUGUAUUAUACAUGUCCGGUCGAGAUCGGAACUCCGCCUCAAACACUGAAUCUGAACUUUGAUACCGGCUCCUCAGAUACCUGGGUGUGGUCCACCGCUAUUCCAGAGACUGAACUUGCCUCCACCUCCGGUGAGACGCUCUUCGAUCCUUCCAAGUCGUCCACCUUCCACAACAUGCCGGGAAGCACAUGGCAAAUCCGCUAUGGUGAUGGUUCCUCAGCCUCUGGAACCGUCGGAACAGAUGUUGUCAAAAUUGGGAGCAUCACAAUUGAAGGCCAGGCUGUUGAACUGGCUAAUCAACUUUCACGACAGCUCUUGAACGACUCAGUCGCCAACGGCCUUCUCGGUUUAGGGUUCAGCUUCAUCAACAACGUGAUACCAAUACGUGUCCAAACCCCUCUCGAGAACAUGAUCCUGCAGAACGACAUUCCCACAAAUCAAGAGCUGUUCACCUGUUAUCUAGGAUCGUACAAGGAUGUCAAUGAUCCGGAUGGAGGUCGGUCCUUUUACAGUUUCGGCGACAUUGACGAGUCGGUCAUACCCUCUGGCCAAGAAUUGUGCUACACCCCGAUCAACAACACCCGUGGAUUCUGGAUGUUCGAUUCACCCUCGGUAAUCAUCAAUGGCGAACAGUAUGAUCUUCCCAAGUACCAGGCCGUUGCCGAUACUGGGACUACCUUGCUCCUGCUGCCCGACGAAGUCUGCCGUCAGUUCUACGGCCAGAUACCCGGUUCCGAGUACAGUGAAGCCGACCAAGGCUGGGUGUACCCUACCAAUACAUCACCUAAUGAUCUUCCAGACUUCUCCGUCGCCGUUGGCACUUGCCCGAUCACCAUUGACAAAGAGCACAUCGGUUUCGCACCAAGCCUAAAACCGAAUAUGACCUUUGGCGGCAUUCAGUCUCCGGGAAAUCUUAAGUUCGGCAUCUUUGGGGUUAUCUUCUUGCAGAACGUCUAUGCGGUCUUUGAUGGAGGGAAUCUGCGCUUUGGUGUUGUACAACGUGCUGAUCCUACUCCAGAUGGCCCGCAAUCAUAAUGAGCGUAGACAAGGGAUGUGCCGGAUCCGGUUCACUGGUGACAG